AUGAUAGAAAACGUGCGCGUAGCAGUGAGGUUGCAUCCGUCAAAAGAGAAUGAAAAAUGGUACAGAGAAGAUGCUGGAAUAAUCGCUGGACCAAGUCAAUCUGUUCCUUUCGAUUUGGUAUUCGAUGAUCAUACUAAUCAGGACAUUUUCAACGAAUCCUGCAAAUUGAUGAUCGAAUCAGUAUGUGAUGGAUUUAAUGCAUCCAUUGCUGCAUAUGGUCAAUCGGGAUCUGGAAAAACAUUUACUGUAGUUGGAAAGAAAAAAGAAGAAGGUUUAAUUACUUUGGCUGUUAAACAUCUUUUAAAUGUUAUUGAAAUGAGGAGACCCACAAAAUAUUUGAUGAAAAUGGGCGCCUUGGAAGUCUACAAUGAAAACGUUUACGAUCUUCUCUCCGAUGUUGCCGAACCGCUUCGAAUGGUCGAUGAUAAAGUAAGCGGCGCACUUGACGGUCAUAUCACUUGCUACGAAGAUUUUGUGCCACUUUUCGAAAAAGCGCGAUUAUCUCGAAAGGUAUCUUCGACAAAACUCAACCAAAAGUCGUCAAGAUCUCAUGCAAUUUUUUCAUUCAUCGUCGAAUCAUACAAUGAUUCGACCCUGUCUUCAACGAUUUCACGCCUUCUAAUCGUUGAUCUCGCUGGAAGUGAGAAUGCGAGAGUUGCCACUUCCGGUUCUCAAUCGUUAGAGAGUAAAAACAUUAAUUUGUCGCUUCUGGCAUUGAACAAAGUGAUUUCAAACUUUGCCGCGAAUCCCGAUCAAAAAAUAGCCACUUAUCGCGAAUCAAAACUCACGAGACUUUUGAAGUCGGUUUUGGGAGGAAAUUCGAGAUUUCUUCUGAUUUGCUGCGUUCAACGUGAUGAUACUUAUGAAACACGAAAUACUAUUAAAUUCGGUCAAACCGCAAAGUGCAUGAAGAAUUCUGUCUCUCGCAACGUCACUGAUCACAACAGUGAACUUCCUCGCCUUUUGCAAACAAUUAAGGAGCUGGAGCAGAAGCUUGAAGCGAAGGAAAUGUCAGAGAAGAAGGAAGAAGAGAGGAAUGCUCUUCUCAAGAUGAUCAUGAAUCGAGAGCCUUCAAAUCUUUCUCCAACUCGACCGUCAAGACGGCAUUCGAUUGCUGCUUUCGGAUCUAGUCGAUUGAUAGCUCCCAAGUUUCGGUCGCCGAGGAAAACGUGGAAUUUGGAGCCAAUCCUGCAAAUUGAGGAUAUCGAGCCGGAGAUAAUGGCAAUUGAGAAAGAUGAGCAAUUCGAUGGCCGAAUUAGCAGUAUGAGCUGUGAUACGGCAAGUUCGAGUGAGCCAAUAUCAGACUCGAGAUCAAGCAGUCCAACUAUAACCAGUGAAAAUAGAGAUACGCAAACCGAUGAUGUGAUGAUCGUUUCUCGCGACGAAUGGAAUUCUUUAAACGAAGAAUUGAAAUCGCUGAGAGCGCAGAAAGAAAACGAGCGAAUCAGUCAUGAAACUGCGCUUGAUGAUGAACGGAAAAAGCACAAUGAACUGAAAAAUGUAGGGUUGGCAAAAUUGAAGAAGGAAGAGGAGAAAAUUGCCCGUCUUGUGGUUGAACUUGAAGCGAAAACGAAAGAAUUGAAAGAAGCGCAGAAGGAAGCUGAACGUUGGAAAUUCAAAUAUACCGAUGGAAAAUCGUAUCAUAUAAGCACAGUCUCGGCCAUCCAAAAUGAUAAGAAGAAGCUUGAAGAAUUGAACAAGAAGCUGCUCGAUGAAAUAGAAAAAUAUCGGAAAACGGAGGAAGAAGCCAAUGAGAUUCUUGCCAAAACGAUGAAAGAGAUGAUGAUGGCUCGGGAAUCAGAUCAGAAAUCUCGUGAAGCGGAACGAAACGCGUUUGAAGUUGAAAAGAAAGAACUAAUGGAGUUAUACGAGGAUAAAAUCGAGCAACUGAAGGCUCCUCAACUUGGUGUCAGAAUGGAUCAUCGUGAUAGUAAUUGCAUCAAUUGCAGCCAAUUGAAAACGAGACUUGAUAUCAACGAAAUGGUUUUGCUUGAGAAUAAAUAG